GUGCGGGGGGCCCUGCAGUGCAUCACUGGCAGCCAUGGUGAAGGCGCGCAAGAUCGUGAUCGCCCGCGUAUUCCAGGGGGAGCCCCGGAUAGAGGACUUCCGCAUCCAGGAGGAAGAGCUGCCGCCCCUCCGCGAUGGGCAGAUUCUCGUUGAGGCCGUCUACAUCAGCGUCGAUCCGUAUCAGAGGGCGCUUAAAGACAAGCACCAAGUCGGCAGCACCAUGAUUGGAUCCCAGGUGGCCCGCAUCGUGGAGAGCCGUGCGGCGGGCUUCCCCGUGGGGCGGCACAUCGUGGGCUACUGGGGCUGGCGCGACCGCACCGUGGCCGACGUGGGGCCGGACACGCCCUACCUGCUGUCGCCGCCCAUGCUGGUGCCGGACCUGGGGCGGCUGCCGCUCUCCCUGUCCCUCGGUGUGCUGGGCAUGCCCGGCAUCACCGCCUACUUCGGCUUUCUGGAGAUCUGCAAGCCCAAACCGGGAGAGAUUGCCGUCGUCAGCGGGGCAGCAGGCGCUGUGGGCUCCAUAGUGGGACAGAUAGCACGUCUCAAGGGGUGCACCGUUAUUGGCUUCGCUGGAUCAGACGCUAAGGUGAAGUGGCUGAAGGAGGAGCUGGGCUUCCACCACGCGUUCAACUACAAGACGACUGACGCCAAAGAGGCGCUGAAGCGCGUGGCGCCCGACGGCGUCGACGUCUACUUCGACAACGUGGGCGGCGAGCUGAGCAGCGCGGUCGUCAACAGCAUGCGCAUGUGGGGCCGCGUCUCCAUCUGCGGCGCCAUCACUGGCUACAACUCGGCCGACCUCCCGAAGGCGACCAUCAUCCAGCACGCGGCCAUCUUCAGGCAGCUCCGCUUGGAGGGAUUCAUGUACAGCCGGUGGCACGACCGCUGGGAUGAGGGCAUCUCGCAGCUCGCGCAGUGGAUCAGGGAGGGGAAGAUCAAGUACCACGAGACUGUCACCGACGGCUUCCAGAACACUCCUAAAGCGUUUGUCGGUAUGCUGCAAGGCGAGAAUCUGGGCAAAGCUGUUGUCAAAGUGUGAUGGGCAUCGGCGUACCGGCAUU